AUGGAUUUGAACUCAGUACAAGAUCUCAAGGAUGUGCUUCGGCCUGACUUCUUCCAUGGGUAUGCCACCGCAGCUGCCCAGACAGAAGGCGCCUGGAACAAGGAUGGCAAGGGCGUGUCUAUUUGGGAUACAUUCGCCCACACUCCGGGCAAAGUCGCCGACGGAAGCACAGGUGACGAUGCCGUCCGAGCUUACGACUUCUACCGCGAAGAUGUGGCGCUCAUGAAGUCCUACGGCGUAAAUGCCUACCGCUUCUCCCUCUCCUGGCCCCGUAUCAUCCCCCUCGGCGGCGCCAACGACCCCGUCAACGAAAAAGGCAUCCAAUUCUACUCCGAUUUCAUCGAUGAACUCCUCCGCAAUGGAAUCACCCCCUUCGUCACUCUCUUCCACUGGGAUAUCCCUCAGGCCCUGGAAGAUCGGUACGGCGGCAUGUUGAAUCAGGACGCCUACACUCCUGACUUUGUGCGCUACGCCCACGUUUGCUUCGAGCGCUUCGGCGACCGCGUCAAGCACUGGAUCACCUACAACGAGCCCGGCGUCUAUACCCUUGCCGGGUACGCAGCAGGCGUGCACGCGCCAGCUAGAUCAUCCUUCCGCGAGCGCAAUGCCGAGGGCGAUUCGUCCACUGAGACAUUCACCGUCGCACACACUGAGCUGGUCUCGCACGGCCAUGCCGUUCGCUUGUACCGUGAGGAGUUCCAGCCCGAACAAAAGGGAACUAUCGGUAUCACACUGCAUGGUAACUGGUCCGAGGCGUGGGAUGAGGAGGACCCACGCGAUCAGGAGGCUGCAGAGCGCGCGCGCGAGUUUGAAAUCGCUUGGUUUGCGGAUCCAUUGUAUAAGACGGGUGAUUACCCUGCGUCUAUGCGGGCGCAGCUCGGUGACCGCCUGCCGAAGUUCACGGAGGAGGAAUCGAAGCUUGUGUUUGGAAGCUCGGAUUUCUAUGGCAUGAAUAGUUACACGACUUUCUUCGUGAAGCACAGAACAGCUGAGCCUGAUAUCAAUGACCAUAAGGGAAAUGUGGAGAUCUUUGAUGAUAAUAAGCAAGGUGUCUCUCGUGGAGAGGAAAGUGAUACCCCGUGGUUGCGUGCUGCGCCCGGCGGUUUCAGAAAGCUCUUAAACUGGAUCUAUAAACGCUACCAGAUGCCAAUUUACAUCACCGAGAAUGGUACCACCGCCAAGGGCGAAACUGCUCCCACGCCUGAGGUUCUCAAUGAUGAGUUCCGUAUUAGGUUCUUUGAGGGCUAUGUCGGCAAUGCGUUGGCGCGUGCUGUUAAGGAAGACGGAGUUGAUAUCCGGUCUUACUUUGCUUGGACAUUCACUGAUAACUGGGAAUGGGCCGCUGGAUACGCAGAUCGUUUCGGUUGCACAUUCAUCGACUAUGAGUCGGAAGAAAAGACUCGCUAUCCCAAGCAGUCCGCCUAUUACUUGGACAAGUUGUUCAAGCAUUUGAUUAAGGAAGAAUAA